UCCCCUCUCUCUGUGUUUCAUUUCUACUCAAAAAAAUCAAAAUUUUUCAAAAAGAAACAGGGAGCAGGGAAGAACAAACCAGCCCUCCUUUUUUUUUGUUUUCUUUAAAAAAAAUGGACGAUUACACGAGAGAAAUGAUGGACCUGAAAACACUCGUCACUCGAACCCUAGAGAAGAAAGGCGUCCUUGCUAAGAUCCGGGCUGAACUCAGGGCAAGUGUUUUUGAGGCAAUUGAAGAGGAGGAUAGGGUGAUUGAAAAAGAUGAAGGCUUACCUCCUGCAUUAUUGGGUAGCUGCAAUGAUCGUGCUAAACAACUUCAUGCUUCUCCAUCAGGGAGGCUGCUAACUGCACUGAUAUGUGAAUACUUAGACUGGGCGCAGCUAAACCAUACACUAAAAGUCUAUCUACCAGAAUGCAAUUUGCAAAAAGAUUCUUGGAAAGCUGAGUUGAAUGAAUUUAGUAGCAAGAAUGGAUAUGAUCUGAACAGGAAUGGCGAUAGCGGCCCUUUGCUUUUGGAUGUUCUUGAAGGAUUCUUGAAAUUUGAGAAUUUAUCACAAGGAAGGGGUGCUGGAAGGAGAGUACCAGAGGCCGAGUCCUUAUCCAAUGUAGAGUCUAGGAAUAUACGAAUGCGAAGACCCUCUUCAUCAUCUGUUGCUGGUGGCUUACCUCCACUAGGAAGACCAGCUUCUUCCCUGGCAUCUGAUAGGAGAGCAGGGUCUUCCAUGUCUGGUUACAGGAAAGAUGAUUACAGUAGGAGAUAUGACAGUGAAGAACUUCCUGAGGAUGUGAUUCAAGCUUCUGCUGCCCUGGAAAACCUUCAGUUGGACAGAAAAGCUCGGAAUCUUACUUCAUCUUGGAGGCAUGCGGGGGAUGUCAUCAGUGAUGAUGAUGGGAGGGUUGACCAUAUUUAGCUGAAUGGCAUCCUCAAAUGAUGCAGAUGUAGCUUAGUGUGUUCUUAUCUUUAUCCAUUAAUGUUUUAUUAUCAGCAAAAGGAGGGUAGCGAUUUGUGUAAUUCUGAUAUUUUUUUCUUUGGUUAAUUAUAUUGUGAGGUGUUCUGGUGUUUUGGUGA